AUGGACUCGGGAGCUGCUGAAUCUAUCCCACCACAGCCCGAUGAACGAUCUGAAGAUAAAUCUACACCUUCUGUUGUCUCGGAUAAGAAAAAUUCUGCCCAGAAUUCAUCUUCUGGUCUAUCCACAUCAGCAAUAUCUUCUUGGGCUAAAAGUUUAAAUCUCCUUCAAAAGCAACAAGACUCGCAGACUACGAAUUCCACAGGAUCUACUUUUUCACGCCUCACUAGUGGACUUGGGCUGCAGAUUUCAUCAAAAGCAUCCUCAUCAAAUGAGAGUGCUAGCAACAGCUCUACCUCGGCACAAUCGGGUGUUAUUGGGUCAUUAACGAAAGGGAUAGUUGACUCCUCUUUAAACGCCGUGAAAGCUGUGCAAGUAAAGGCUAGACACAUUGUGUCUCAGAAUAAGAGAAGAUACCAGGAGGGAGGAUUUGACUUAGAUAUGACAUAUAUAACUGAGAAUAUAAUUGCAAUGGGGUUCCCUGCCGGUGAUUUAAGUUCUGGACUUUUUGGAUAUUUUGAGGGAUUCUAUCGUAAUCAUAUGGAGGAAGUUAUCAAGUUUUUUGAGACUCAUCACAAGGGAAACUACAAGGUGUACAACCUCUGUUCAGAGAGGUUAUAUGAUGCAUCGCUGUUUGAAGGAAAGGUUGCAUCUUUUCCGUUCGAUGAUCACAAUUGCCCUCCAAUUGAGCUUAUAAAAUUGUUUUGUCAAAGUGCUUACUCAUGGCUGAAGGAGGAUAUAGUAAAUGUUGUAGUUGUUCACUGUAAAGCUGGGAAGGCAAGGACAGGAUUGAUGAUAUGUAGCCUUCUGCUGUUUCUGAAGUUUUUCCCAUCUGCUGAGGAGUGCAUUAACUACUACAACCAGCAAAGAUGCAUUGAUGGGAAGGGUCUCAUUCUUCCAAGUCAGAUUAGGUACGUGAAAUACUUUGAACAGAUCUUGACACAAUUCAAUGGUGAAACUCCCCCUGGACGUAGGUGCAUGCUAAGAGGAUUCCGGCUGCUCAACUGUCCUUAUUGGGUUAGGCCGUCUAUUACUAUAUCUGAUCAUAACGGAGUGUUGUUUACAACGAAAAAGCACCCAAGAACCAAGGAUCUCAUGCCAGAAGAUUUCUGGAUACGUGCACGGAAAAAGGGGGUCGUGGUUUUCGCGCUACCUGGAGAACCUGGUCUAACCGAACUGGUGGGGGACUUCAAAAUUCAUUUUCACGAUCGCCAAGGAGAUUUCUAUUUUUGGAUGAACACCACAAUGAUGGAAAAUAGAAUGACUUUAGAUGGUUCUGACCUCGAUGGCUUUGAUAGCAGGAAAUUGCCUUCUCCAGGGUUUCAGGUGGAGAUUGUGAUGACGGAUUACAACGGGACUGUCCCUACUGAGGCCAAAACCGAGCACAGCUCAACAACUUGUGACGGGAAACAGGCAGGCCCCGUCCCAACAAGCUCAUCCUCGACAAAAGAACAAAAUGACAAGGAUGAUGUUUUUACAGACAGCGAAGGGGAAGAGGAAUCUUCUUCCCGAGGUGGUGGUGUGGGGCCCACCACCGCAUCGUCUGGGGGACCCACCCAACGUGCCGAGUCCUCUGUCUCAGUUGUCGGGGAUGCGACCACCGUGUCGCACGCAAUGGGACGGCUUUCGUUGGGGCGCGAGACAAUGCACGACGAGUCGAAGGCCGGUGGGCCCCACCGUGCGGGAGGCCCGAGAAUCCCGAACAUGGACUCGACCGAUAUCAAGGCCAUCGCGGCGGAUGCCUCGGUUUUCAGCUUUGGGGACGACGAGGAUUACGAGAGCGAUUGA